UCAUUGAGGCAGUCAGUGCUGCCCAAAAAAGAAAAAGAAACACGUACUUACCAACGUCUCAGAGCUUUUCCGCUAACUUUCUUCACAUUACGAAGUUGGGACCACUCAUUUUAUUUCCUUCGUCCGUCACACUUCAACACAGUUUCGUAACAGACUUUACCUCAGACACCAGGAUGAGUAAAAACAGCAAAGUGUUGAACCUGAAGGAUAAAAUCAGCGGUAAUGAAGUGGACCUGAGCCUGAGUAACCUCACCGAGGUGCCAGUCAGAGAGCUGGCGUUAUUCACCAAAGCAACUGUCGUGGACUUGUCCUGCAACAACAUCACCUCCCUUCCUCCAGAGUUCUGCAACCUGACCCACCUGGUGAAGGUGGAUCUGAGUAAAAACCAGCUGACCUGUCUGCCGGAUGACCUGGGGAACCUGGCCAGCCUUCAACAUCUGGACCUGUACAACAACAAGCUGAGUGUCCUGCCUGUCAGCUUCUCUCAUCUCAGGAGUCUGAAGUGGUUGGAUCUGAAGGACAACCCGCUGGAGGCCGUCCUGGCCAAGGCAGCAGGAGACUGUCUGGAUGAGAAGCAGUGCAAACAGUGUGCCACCCAGGUUCUGCAGCACAUGAGAGGUCUUCAGGUCGAGGUCGAUCGUGUACGAGAGAAACGCCUUUUGAGGGAAAAAGAGCUGGGGAGGAAGAGGGAGGUGAAGCAGAGGGAGCGGGAGGCCAAAGAGAAGGAGGCUCGUAAGCGGGAGAAGGCAGAGGAGAAGGAGAAGAGGAGGAAAGAGUACAACGCUCAGAUGGCGGCCGUCGCUGCGCGGGAACAGCAGAAGAAGAAGAGCGAGGAGAAGAAGAAAAAGAACGGACAGGCAGCAGAUAAAAAGGCUUCUGUGGAAAAGCCUAAACCUCAACGUUCGCUCGUUGGCCUGAUGUUCAAGCUCCUCCUCCUGCUGCUACUGGGAUUGGCAGGAGUCGCCGCCGCCUGCAGGCUGACCGACCUGCAGAAGGAAGCUGCGUGUGUGCCCGUCAACAUCGCAGUGGACGACGGCUUAUCCUGGGCCAAAGAGCAGGAGGGCGUGAUCAGACAGCUGGUGCAAAAUCUGUCGUCUGCAGCAAAGGAGUUUCUUGAAUCUACACAAGCGACCAAGAACUAAACUGUCCUCUGCCGCCAUCAACUUCCAGAGCUGCAGGUUUUCCACUCCCACCUGGGAUUUUUUUUUAAAAUAAUGCUGAAAUCAUGAAUAUCAUUAAGAUGGGCAACCCUGCAUCCCCUCACCCUGUUUCUGGUGCUGGGAGGUGGAACGUCUGUACAGAUAGACAAAGGGGGGUGGACGGAUGUGUUAAAAUCUUCUUAAAUUCCUAUGGAAUUGUUGUCGCUUGUACCCUCUUUGUACUACAGGCUGUUUUUAAAAAACACUCAUCGUCUUAAAUUUCUCCCCAUCAAACAUGUUUUGCACUUUGACCAGGUUUGUGUUUUGGUGCAUUACAUGGAGCGUGGGUUGUAUUUGAGAGAUGUCAGGUGGCCCUGUCUGUGCUGCACUGGAGUGUCGAGUCACAUGUUAACUGCCAGUCAGGGUUGUGCAUAAGCCAGUGUUGGAUGUGGCAGUCUGAGCAUGUGCAGUGAAGGCUGUAUGAAUGUAGAGCUCAGUCGUCUGUGGCCUCCUCUGUCUUUAUAGUCUUAAAUCAGUCAAACCAGCUCAAUCUCACAGCUUAUACACACGCGUCUGUCAUGUAAACUACAGCCCAACUGAUACGUGAGUGGAUCUUUAACACAUCACAGAUAUAAUAGUGUCAUGUGAGUCAAUGUCAGCUAACUUCCAGCAGUCCAGAAAUGCCAAAGAUGUGAUUGAGGUGAUUUAGAAACAGUGUUGUCAUUACAUAGUUUGUCCAGCAGAGAGCAAAAUGUCCAGCUCACUGUAAUGAUGAAUUGAUUUACAAAUAUAGUUAUAUAUCAUUUUUCUGUCAAUCUACAAAUCGAUUAAGCGACUUUCAGCUCAAAUUUAUGUUAAAAUUAUCUGUAUUGGCUUCAAAAAUCCGAAAUCAUUCGGGCUCUAAUGUCCCAGUGCACAAACUGUUUUAAAAGAUCAUCCCCCCCUUUGUUGCUAGAAAUACUGUCUACUUUACAGAUAUCCAUUUAAAAAAACAUUCUGUUAUGUUUCAGACUUUUUGGAUAUAUUUUACCUUCUUUCCCGACACUCAUUGGUUUCCAUUCAUUUCUGUGCAGUCUGGAAAAUAAUUAGGAAACUCUUGUAACUUUCUAAAGAAGUUGAAUCCAUCACAGUCAACAUCAAGUCUGCAAUAAAUUCUGUUAAAUUUAAAUUACAGUAACAAGAUAUUUUAACCCAAAUGUGAAUUUAAGCAACUUUACCACAAAAAUAUUCUGAAGCUUAAACACAAAUAUCCAGACUUGAUGCUCACUGUGAUGGAUGGAUUACACACCUGUACCAGGUAUCAGGAGUCUGCAAAUUGAUUUUGAACUAGUACUACUAGUACUGUCUGCCGCAGCAGACAUGCCCUGAAACUCCGCCCCCGCUGCUCUACAGAGCAGCGCGUGUGUGUUUGUUUAUUCAAGGUUUAUUUAUGUUGAAGUGUCGCUUGUCCAAAUUGCGCUAAUGUCGACACUGCACGUCCUUGUGUCCCCAGCAAUACACCCGCCAAGUAUGAAGUAGAUCGGAUAAACAGUUCGGCAAAGAAUACGCAGACAGACAUAGUUUCCUCACUUCAUAGUUAGAUACUGCAGACAAAAUGGAAACCACUGGCUGCAUGGAAGAAAAGUACAAAAAAUGCUUAACUUCACUCUAGCUCAAAUUCCCUAAAUCCUAUUGGCGUAAUAAGGACCAAGUGCUGAUAUUGAACUAGCGAUUCAAAGUCUGAAAUGCCUCUCUUCUUGUAAUCUCUUAACUAAAAAUGUAAAAAGUAACUGGCAGAUUAUUUCUGUUCUUUUAGUUUCACUGAUCUUUUGAAAUGCAACUUGUUUUCAUUUGCCGGGGCUACCGUUGCUGCUGUGGUUCUUGUACAGCUUCGUCCAUGCUCUCAAACAUUGUCCGCGUUAAUAAAUGGCUAUGCACUGCAAGAAA